CCAAGAAUCCACAAAAACCACCGUACUUGUAUGAAAUAUUGGAAUUUGUCUACAUUUAACCAGAAGCCAUGAGCAGCUUCACCAACACCACCACAACCUUCCUCCAUGCCCAAAUCACCAAACCCCAAAACUACCUCUGCAAAAUCUCACUCCCAGCCAUCAAAGCCUCACUUCCAGGAGCAGAAGAAGAAGAAAACAAUGCCACAAGUCGAAGAAAAGUUGUGACAACAUUUUUAGGCACUUCCUUGGCACUUGGGGUUCACCAACAUGGCAUUGCCACCCCACUUGGACUAGCCGAGAAUUGGGGCACUCGUUCGUUUAUAAGGGAACGUUUUUUCGAGCCCGGAUUGUCUCCAGAAGAUGCAGUGGCUAGAAUUAAGCAAACAGCUGAAGGGCUGCACAGCAUUAGGGACAUGUUGGAGGCCAUGGCUUGGAGGUAUGUCAUAUUUUACAUUCGCCUAAAGUCGGCCUAUCUUUCUCAGGAUCUGAAAAAUGCUGCGACUCUGGUGCCGGAUGUUCGCCGUCAAGAGUAUGUUAAGACGGCCAAUGAGUUGGUGAAUAACAUGACAGAGUUUGAUUAUUAUGUUCGAACGCCGAAGGUGUAUGAAUCGUACCUAUACUACGAGAAGACAUUGAAAUCAAUAGAUGAUCUGGUGGCGUUGUUGGCCUAGUACGAGGUGUUGGAUGUUUUUAUUUGGAGCUACAUGAUUGCAAUUUUCAAUGCUUUGGAUUGAGACCAAAUAUAUUUG